AUGGAGGGGUCCCAUGGAAAUGCAAAUCCUGAUGCUCCCUUCAGUGCAGAUGGGGACAGUGCAGCUGUGAUUCCUCGGAAGCAACCACGCUUGCAGCUGUCUUUCCAGCAGGAUGAACUGAAGACUCUCAGGAACUAUGAGAACAUUGAGAGCAAGGCCAGAAAAAUUCUGAGCACGUCCUGCCAGAAGAUGACACAUCUCUUUCUGCUGAAGGACAUGCCUGGGCACCUGGCCUAUCUCCGGGACCGCUUCACCACUCUCGACUCCAGGCCUACCUUGGAACCCCUCUACAUUGGGCUCUUUGGGAGCAGUGGUGCAGGGAAGAGCACUCUGCUCAACACCAUCCUAGGCAAACGCUUCUUCCUCCCGGUGUCAGGGACCCGCACAUGUACGUCCUGCCAGGUCCAUGUCAGCGUCUGCAGGAGCAAGCAUUAUGAAGCCAAGAUUUUUCUCCUCUCGGAUGAGGAGUGGAAGGAGGAGGUGAAGAACCUGGUCACGCUCCUGGAGAACAGACAUGAGAACAGUGAGAUUGAUGGCGAUCUGGAGCAUGCCAUCAAAGUGCUGAAGGCUAUCUACGGGGAAGGAGCAGAUGAAAAAUCUUAUGAAGACCUGAUGAGAACCAAGCCUGUGAUCACUAUUCCUCCGUCAAGAGUUAUCACUCUGAGAAAGACAGAGGCAGAAGACCUCGCCAAUGAGCUGGAUCCAUACAUCCGUAACCAGGAUGGCCUUGAGGGAGUCGAGUUGGUGGGCAACCCCCAGUGCAGCGAGCAGAUGCGGCUCUGGCCCCUCAUCAAGCAGGUGCAAGUGACUCUCCCCCCAUCUGACCUGGUGCCUGAAGGUGUCGUCUUUGUGGACAUCCCGGGGACAGGUGAUGCCAACAAGAAGAGGGAUGAGAUGUGGAAAGAGAGCAUCCUGCAGUGCACAUCCAUCUGGAUCGUCGCUGAUGUUGAACGCGUUUUUGGGGCUAAAGCACAUGAAAUUAUGGUGCAAGAGGCAAUUAAAGCUUGCCAGGCCGGCAAGUGCAGCGAUAUCACCUUUGUGAUCACCAAGAUGGAUAAGAUUACUGUGGAUGAGUACUUGAGGAGCCACCCAGAGGCUUCAAGGGAUGUAAGCAAGCGUGAUGCCAUUUUGGGGACGAAACAAGACCUGAAAGCAAGAAAGACCAGGACACUAAGGGAGAAGAUGAAGAGGAGUCUACCCAGUGAUGCGGAGGUCCUGCAAAAGCAGGAGCUGGUUUUCCCCGUCAGUGCCCAGGAGUAUUGGAACCCCACAGUCCUCAGGAGGGAGGAUACAGAAAUCGUCAGGCUGAGAGCCCAUAUCAGGAAGCUCUACCUGGACACAAAACGAAGUCAGUUACAAGAUUACAUGAAAGAAAUCCUUGUUAUCUUCUCUCUGGUGGAUGUUUAUCAUUCCACACACCUCAGCCAGAAUCCAUCUGUGAAUAAGGAUGAGCUCGACGUGUUCAUGUCAGAGAAGAUCCAGACUCUGAAGAAGUCGGUUGAGGUCACUUUUGGGCACAUGGAUGCGCCUCUCAUCAAUGGGGUGAGGUCUGCCCGAACAAAGUAUAAGAAAAACAUCGAGAAGGUCUUCAUGCAAGGCAAAACAUCCUCUGGCUUCCACAGGACCCUGAAAGCUGUGUGUGUGAGGAAGGGAGUGUAUGUGUCCCGUGUCUUCAAUCGCAUAGACAUCAACAACUGCCUGGCUGAGCCCAUCUAUGCAGAAAUUGGGGCGAUGUUUGCAAACAUAUUCAGAAAACAGGCACUCACAAGGAACAGCCUGCAGACCUCAAUCAAUGAGUUCAGCAAGGAGGUAAAAGACAAAUUUAUGGACUUCGGGAAGGUUACAAACAUGAACAGGUCCAAGCUCAACUUUCUCGAGCAAGAGACCGACAUCAUAAUGAGAGCGAUAGAUAGAGAAAUUCUUUUGAAAAAGAAGGCUAUCUAUGAAUCUCUUGAGUUGACCAUCCAAACCAUCCUGUCACCGUGUUAUGAAGAGGCUGCUAAUAUACGUGGGAAGGAUACCUGUGCGCGAAUCAAAGCCACGCUGGUGCAGAACAUUGAGCUGGAGGUGCGGAAGGCAAUGUUUGAAAAAGCAAAGGAGAAGAUGAUGAGUCAGUUCCAGGAUCUGACGGAGCAGAUCACCACCAAGCUCAGCAAGGACUUCCUCAGCAUGCUGGGCGUCGCGUUCUGCCAGAACGACCAGCUGAUGGGUGCACUGCCGGAUUUUCUGGGAGAAUGCCAAGAAAUCCAGAAUUUGCUGAGAACACUGAGACAACUGGAAUGA